GUGGGCGGAUUUACGCGCAGACACCUGCUAUAAAGAGGCUUCCCAGCAUCCGUCCGGCGACUCCAAGUCAGCAGAAGUGAUCCGUGUGGUUGUCGCUCCGUCUCAUCCUCAUCCUCAUCCUCAAUCAUGCAAAGGAACAGCAGCAAGAGCCUGUUCGGGGUUCCCGGGUCCAGGGGCGCCAGGGCGUCCGUGUCCAGCCUGGAGGGGCUGCGCAAAGUGCUGCGCAACGAGCAGCAGAGCGACUCCAUCCCGCAGGCGCGGGCCUCCCUGCAGAGCCAGCAGAGGGAGGAUGCCCCGGACUCCCCAGCUCCCUCCACCACCGACGACAUGGAGCACCGGCAGACCCUGAGGGGCCUGAACGACCGGCUGGCCGGGUACCUGGACAGGGUGAAGCUGCUGCGGGAAGAAAACCAGGACCUGCAGAAACAGAUCGAUGAGAUCGAAGCCAAAAGGAAGGUACCUAGUGGACGAGACUGGGAUCAAACCCUGGAAUCCCUGGAGGAUCUGAAAAAGAAGAUCAAGGAGAUCACCAUGGAGAACGUGAAGAUCCUGCUGCAGACCGAUAGCUCUGUGCUGGCCAACGAGGACUUCAAGAAGAAGCUGGAGGCAGAAACGAAGGCAAACAAAGAGCUGGACAAAGACCUGGAGGAUCUGAAGAGGACUCUAGAAGACACCAAACUGACCCAAGAAAAUCUGCAGCAGGAGAUGGAACUGGUGAAGUCAGAGCUGGAUGGACUGACCAGAGAUCACCAGAAUGAAGUCAAGGAUCUGUGUGAGAAGAUCAAGAACUCAAAGGUGACGGUGGAGAUCGAGUCCCAGACCUCCAACCUGGCUGACCUUGUCAAGAACAUCCGAGUCCACUACGAGAAAGUAGCAGACAACAACAUGAAGGAGAUGGACAACUGGUACAAAAGCAAGUUUGAUAACAUCAAAGUGGAGGACGCCCAGAACCUGGAGGCGCUGGAGUCUGGCAAAUCUGAGCUCAAGGACCUGAUGAAGCAGAAGAAAAUCCUGGAGAUUCAGAUCAAGACUCUCCUCGGCACGAUCAACAGCCUGGAGGAGAACAUCAGGAGGACCAAAGACGAGUGCGCCCUGCGUCUGCAGCCCACCUGGGCCGUCAUCCGGGACCUCCAGAGGCAGCUGACGGAGGUGACGCAGCAGAUCGAGCAGCAGGCCGCGCAGAACCGGGACCUGCUGGGCAUCAAGACCAAGCUGGAGCAGGAGAUCCAAAAGUAUGACGACCUGAUGCGCGGCAUCACUGCCGACCCUGAAAGCCUGGAGUUUUCUUUAGAUGAAGCCCUGAACUGUGAGCGGUCCGCGCUCAAUGAGGAGCCGCUGCGCAUGGAGGAGCAGGAGGUGCAGCAGCAAGCCUUCUCUCAGCCGCCCGCUGCCCUCCAAGCUCCUCCAGAGGUCAAAGGUGAAGGAGCCCUGGAGGCAGAGGAGGGCGCCGUCAACGUCAAAGAAGCUGCUGUCAGCAAGAGUGCCAAGAAAUAAAAAACCAAAAAGUCCAAGAAAUCCUCUAAGAAAUCCUCAUCUUCCUCCUCCUCCUCGUCAUCCUCUUCCUCAUCUUCCUCCUCCUCUUCGUCCUCAUCCUCCUCCGACUCAGAGAAAGAGGAUGAAAAGACGGAGGACGUGACGGCUGAUUGACGUGUUCAAGCUUUUUCUUGUUGUCUCAAAUGAUUCAAACCUGUGGGGUCAAAGUUUUUCCUUCUCUCAUGCUACAAAAAUAAAAGCAUCUGGUUUCAAAAUAAA